GAUAACAAAACUUGGUUGUUGGAAUAUUUGCGUUAUCAUUGGGUACCUAAUAAUUCUAGUUCUUAUUCAUCAUCCAACAAUAACACUUUACCACCUGGUUCUUUUAUCAAUCCAUUAGAUUACAUAGACUUGACGAUUGUUAAUACCGCUAAUGCUGAAUCAAAUACGUCAUUCAGUUGUAUUGAUAAUUCAUCAAUACUUUUGCAAUUAACAGUAAAUUAUGCUCGACCUUGGAAUGUGAAUUCACCAAACUUGCAAAAUCAACCACCACAACGUGAUAAAACGCCAACCUAUUCAAGCCAGGCCGUUGCUGUGAUUGUCGUGAUAAUUAUCAUAUUCUCUUUAAUAUCCGUUGGUUGUUGUAUUAGAAAAUUCAAUUCUACACUUAGACCAACAGAUUUUAAUAGAAGUAGUAGAGAUAGUAGAAAUGUUGGUGGAAAUGUUGGUGGAAGAGUUCGUAGAACUGCUUCCAUUUUAGUUGGAGGUGGUGGAGGAUUGACUAGAGAAAAUAGU